GGCUCAACGCUGUGUUUUCUGGUGAGAAAAGAACAAAGCUUUUAUUAAAACGGCUUAAACACUUAUAAAUUACAAACUCAUUCAAACACUCAACGCCAACACACCCAUUAUAAUGCAGUCCGCCGAAGCAAUCGCCCAACUGCCGGUCAUUACGUUCAGUCAGCUGAUGAUUUUCACAUUUAAUCUCACCGAAGAGCAUUGCCGUAAACAAACUCAACUCUCGCACGAUUUCAUAGUGAAAAUGCAAAACGAGUUGAGCUUACUGCCAGAGAGAAGUGCAUAUAUCGAAGCGUUAAAUGUGCGUCUAAAUAAUAUUUUGGCAUUAACCAGCAAAACAGAUUUAAAUAAGGCUGAAAAUUUAAUGAAAGGCGACAGACUGGAACUUUUAGGUCUAACAGCACAUUUAUUUGCCGAAUUGCAUAGCAUAGCGAAGAGUGAAAAUGACACGAGUGAUGUGAGAAUUUUGAAACAAGUGUUCGAAAAGACUGAUUUACAAGGAAUGUUAGACGAAGUGAAAGAACUGGUACCGACGACUGUAGCGAAUUUUACGAAAGUAUAUGAUAAAUUUUGGAAGUUUUUUGAUGACGAGCAGCGUAAAGACUUCCCAGAAUUAAAUGAAAUGGCUGAGGAAUAUUAUGGUGCUUCGCUUGAGGGAAAAUUCAGAUGUAUAUUAAAUUUAUAUGAAAUGUUUAAUCGACAUAAUAAUGAAUAAAUAGAAUUAAAAAGAAG